GCCAUCUUUGUUCUUAAAGGUCCAUUUCCAGCUUGCAAGAAGCGAAAGUAAAUGGGAAAUUAUUACAACCAAAAUACUCUGAAAGUGGAACAGUAAUUAAGUUGUUUAAUUCUCAACAUACAUGAUGUUUGUCGCGGCAGAAUGCACCCCAACGUCUUUUAAAGACUUUACCCUGAUUAUGCCAGCAAUAUCUGUUGGAAAUGUGGGGCAGCUGGCAGUGGAUCUGAUUGUUUCUACGCUCAACAUGUGUCGAGUCGGAUACAUCCACACUGACUGUCUCAUCCCUAUGGCAGGGAACAACCCUUAUGCUACAUUAGCUGAGAACGCCAACGACCUCAGUACCAAUGCAGAAGUGUACUCUUCUCCAGAGUUGAGGUUGGCAGUUCUUCAGAUCAGAACCCCAAUUGUCCAGACAAAGUCCAAGAAGUUCUGUAAGCUGAUGGUGUCUUGGAUCAAAGCCAGUGGUUUCUCCAGAACCGUAGUGCUGUCCAGCAGCCAUGCUUACCAGAGGGAUGACCAACAGCUACUGGGCACUCCCCUGCGUUACCUGCAGACUCCCUCCAUGCAGAAGGUGACUGGUGACCGGCUGAAGGAGAUGGACUGGAAGGAGAUGGAGACAAUAUCUACCUUCCCUGGAGUUACCGACUCAGAGCAGCGCCUCUAUAUACCUGGAGGGGGCGCCACUAAAGGCCUCUUCACUGACAGCUGUGCUGAGGACAUUCCUCUGGUGGUGGUGCUGAUCUUCUGCUCUGAAGGAGACAACGUCCCAGACGCCUUCACUCUCCUGAACCACCUCAACACCUGGCUCCACCUAGUGGACGCUCCUGCCCAGACGCAGCCAAAGUGGAGGAUACCAGCAUCAUGGAGGCUUCUCUUUGGCAGUGGCAUCCCCCCUGCCCUCUUCUAAAUCACCCAGUGGUAUCCCCCCCCCCCCCCCCCAACACUCUUCAAUUCCCCCCUUCUAAAUCACCCAGUGGUAUCCCCCCCCCCCAACUCUCUUCAAUUCCCCCCUUCUAAAUCACCCAGUGGUAUCCCCCCCCAACUCUCUUCAAUUCCCCCCUUCUAAAUCACCCAGUGGUAUUCCCCCCCCCCAACUCUCUUCAAUUCCCCCCUUCUAAAUCACCCAGUGGCAUCUCCCUGCUCUGUCCUAAAUCCCCCCCCCCAACUCUCUCAAUCCCCCCCCCCCAUCUAUUUUCUAAAUCUGUGCCCCCCCCCCCUCUCCAGAGAUUGGUGACUCGACCCAGAAUAUAGAAUGGUCUGAAUGCUUAGAAAAUCAUCUUUGGUGUUAUGAGUCCGGGUUUAUAGACCUGAAGUGUGCGUGGUGGUUGUCAUUACCUGGUGAUGAGAAUCAAUAUUUACUGUAUGGUUAUUAAACGUAUUAAAUCAUC